AUGAGCUCCGACGCUGAGAUGUCGUUGUUUGGGGAGGCCGCCCCGUACCUGCGGAAGUCAGAACGGGAGAGGGCGGAGGCCCAGAAUCGGCCCUUUGAUGCGAAGACGGCCGUGUUUGUGGCCGAGCCGAAGGAGCUGUACGUUAAAGGCACCCUCCAAGGCAAAGAGGGAGGCAAAGCAACCGUUACCACUGAGGCGGGACAUACUUUGACAGUGAAGGAGGACCAAGUCUUCCCCAUGAAUCCCCCGAAGUUUGACAAGAUUGAGGACAUGGCCAUGAUGACCCACCUCAACGAGGCAUCUGUGCUGUACAACCUGAAAGAGCGCUACGCAGCCUGGAUGAUCUAUACGUAUUCCGGGUUGUUCUGUGUGACAGUCAAUCCCUACAAGUGGCUUCCAGUGUACAACCAGGAAGUAGUGGUGACCUAUAGGGGGAAGAAACGCAUGGAGGCUCCGCCCCACAUCUUCUCCAUCUCUGACAAUGCCUAUCAGUUCAUGCUCACUGACCGAGAAAAUCAGUCUAUCCUGAUCACUGGAGAAUCCGGUGCAGGAAAGACUGUCAACACCAAGCGUGUCAUCCAGUACUUUGCGACAAUCGCAGUAUCUGGGGACAAGAAAAAAGAUGUCGCCUCCUCUGACAAAAUAAAGGGGACGCUGGAGGACCAGAUCAUCUCUGCCAACCCUCUGCUGGAAGCCUUUGGCAAUGCCAAGACUGUCCGGAAUGACAACUCCUCCCGCUUCGGCAAAUUCAUCCGAAUCCACUUUGGAACCACAGGAAAACUGUCUUCUGCCGACAUUGAAACUUAUCUGCUGGAAAAAUCCAGAGUGACGUUCCAGCUGUCUGCCGAGAGGAGCUACCAUAUCUUCUACCAGAUCAUGUCCAACAAGAAGCCUGAGCUCAUAGAGACUCUCCUCAUCACCACCAACCCCUAUGACUUCCCAUUCAUCAGCCAGGGGGAGAUCAGUGUGGCCAGUAUCAACGACAGCGAUGAGCUGAUGGCCACCGAUAGUGCCGUUGAUAUCUUGGGCUUCACUGCAGAGGAGAAGAUUGGCAUCUACAAGCUGACAGGUGCAGUGAUGCAUCAUGGGAACAUGAAGUUCAAGCAGAAGCAGCGAGAGGAGCAGGCGGAGCCUGACGGCACAGAGGUGGCUGACAAAGCAGCUUAUCUCAUGGGGCUGAACUCUGCAGACCUGCUAAAGGCACUCUGCUACCCCAGGGUGAAGGUGGGGAAUGAAUAUGUCACAAAGGGACAGACUGUUCAACAGGUCUAUAAUUCUAUUGGUGCCCUGGCAAAGUCCAUCUAUGAGAAGAUGUUUCUCUGGAUGGUGGUCCACAUCAACCAGAUGUUGGACACCAAGCAGCCAAGACAGUUCUUCAUCGGAGUGUUAGAUAUUGCUGGUUUUGAGAUCUUUGACUAUAACAGUCUGGAGCAGCUGUGCAUCAACUUCACCAAUGAGAAACUGCAACAGUUCUUCAACCACCACAUGUUUGUCCUGGAGCAAGAGGAGUACAAGAAAGAGGGGAUCGAGUGGGAGUUCAUAGACUUUGGGAUGGACUUGGCAGCCUGUAUUGAGCUUAUUGAGAAGCCAAUGGGCAUCUUCUCCAUCCUUGAAGAGGAGUGCAUGUUCCCAAAGGCGUCCGACACCACCUUUAAGAACAAGCUGUACGAUCAGCACCUGGGAAAAUGCAACAACUUCCAGAAGCCCAAGCCUGUCAAAGGCAAGGCCGAGGCCCACUUCUCCCUGGUGCACUACGCUGGAACAGUGGACUACACCAUCACAGGCUGGCUGGACAAGAACAAGGAUCCUCUGAACGAGACUGUGGUUCAGCUCUACCAGAAGGCUGCCUUGAAACUGCUGGUCUUCCUUUACUCCAGCUACUCCUCCAGUGACGAAAACAGUGGAGCAAGUGGUGGGAGUGGAGGGAAGAAAGGCACUAAGAAAAAGGGUUCCUCCUUCCAAACUGUGUCAGCUCUCUUCCGGGAGAACCUGGGGAAGUUGAUGACGAAUCUGAAGAGUACUCACCCUCAUUUUGUCAGGUGCCUGAUUCCCAACGAGACAAAAACUCCAGGAGUCAUGGAGAACCAUUUGGUUAUCCACCAGUUGAGGUGUAACGGAGUGCUGGAAGGUAUCAGGAUCUGCAGGAAGGGCUUCCCCAGUAGAAUACUUUAUGGAGACUUCAAGCAGAGGUACAAAGUACUGAAUGCCAGUGUCAUCCCUGAGGGCCAGUUCAUCGACAACAAGAAAGCCGCUGAGAAGCUUCUGGGGUCUAUUGAUGUGGACCACACCCAGUACAAGUUUGGCCACACCAAGGUGUUCUUCAAAGCAGGGCUCCUGGGUUUACUGGAGGAGAUGAGAGAUGAGAAACUGGCCUCACUCAUCACCAUAACCCAGGCUUUGUGUCGAGGUUACCUCAUGAGGAGCGAGUACAGGAAAAUGAUGGAAAGAAGAGAGUCCAUCUACAUAGUCCAACACAACAUGCGCUGCUUCAUGAACGUGAAACACUGGCCAUGGAUGAAGCUGUACUACAAGAUCAAGCCGCUCUUGAGGAGCGCCGAGACAGAGAAGGAAAUGGCCACCAUGAAGGUGGAUUUCACCAAGUGCAAGGAUGACCUGGCCAAAGCUGAGGCCAAGAGGAAGGAGAUGGAAGCCAAAAUGGUUUCUCUGCUCCAGGAGAAAAAUGACCUACGCCUGCAAGUUCAGUCUGAAAGUGAAAGCUUGUCCGAUGCGGAGGAUCGAUGUGAGGGUCUGAUCAAGAGCAAGAUCCAGCUGGAGGCCAAGGCUAAAGAGCUGAGCGAGAGGCUGGAGGACGAGGAGGAGGUGAACGCUGAGCUGACCUCCAAGAAGAGGAAGCUGGAGGACGAGUGCUCCGAGCUGAAGAGGGACAUCGAUGACCUGGAGCUCACCCUGGCCAAGGUGGAGAAGGAGAAGCAUGCCACGGAAAACAAGGUAAAAAACCUGACAGAGGAAAUCUCCACUUUGGAUGAUACGAUUGGCAAGUUAUCCAAGGAGAAGAAAGCCCUCCAAGAGGCUCACCAGCAAACACUUGAUGAUCUGCAGGCAGAAGAAGACAAAGUCAAUGUUCUGACCAAAGCCAAAACCAAGCUGGAACAGCAGGUGGAUGAUCUUGAAGUUUCUUUGGAACAAGAGAGAAAGGUGCGUAUGGAUCUGGAGAGAGCCAAGAGAAAGAUGGAAGGGGAUCUGAAACUGACUCAGGAAUCCAUAAUGGAUCUUGAGAACGACAAGCAACAACUGGAGGACCGUCUUAAAAAGAAGGACUUUGAAUUCAGCCAGCUUGUGGCUAAAAUUGAGGAUGAGCAAAGUUUAGCAGUACAAGCUCAGAAGAAGAUGAAGGAACUCCAGGCCCGAAUAGAGGAGCUGGAGGAGGAGAUCGAGUCUGAGCGUGCUGCCAGGGCCAAGGUGGAGAAGCAGAGGGCUGAUCUCUCCAGGGAACUCGAGGAGAUCAGCGAGAGGCUGGAGGAGGCCGGAGGAGCCACCUCGGCCCAGAUCGAGAUGAACAAGAAGCGCGAGGCCGAGUUUCAGAAACUGAGACGGGACCUGGAGGAGUCCACCCUGCACCACGAGGCCACCACCGCCACCCUGCGCAAGAAACACGCUGACAGCAUGGCGGAGCUGGGAGAGCACGUCGACAACCUCCAACGAGUCAAACAGAAGCUGGAGAAGGAGAAGAGUGAAUACAAGAUGGAGGUGGACGACCUGGCCGGCAACAUGGAGACAAUGGCCAAAUCCAAGGCUAAUUAUGAGAAGAUGUGUCGGAGUCUGGAAGAUCAGCUGAGUGAGCUCAAGGCUAAGCAUGAUGAGAACUCUCGUCAGAUCACCGACCUGAACGCUCAUAGGGCCAGACUGCAGACUGAGAACGGUGAGUUUUCCCGCCGCCUGGAGGAGAGAGACGGCCUCCUCUCUCAAAUGUCCAAGGCAAAGCAAGCCUUCACUCAGCAAAUUGAGGACUUGAAGAGGCAGAUCGAAGAGGAAGCGAAGGCUAAGAACGCCCUGGCCCACGCUCUGCAGUCGUCUCGUCACGACUGCGAGCUGCUGAGGGAGCAGUUUGAGGAGGAGCAGGAGGCCAAGGCAGAGCUGCAGAGAAGCAUGUCCAAGGCCAACGGAGAGGUGGCCCAGUGGAGGACCAAGUACGAGACGGACGCCAUCCAGAGGACCGACGAACUGGAGGAGGCCAAGAAAAGGCUGGCCCAACGCUUGCAGGAUGCAGAGGAGGCUAUCGAGGCCGUGAAUGCCAAGUGCUCGUCCCUGGAGAAGACCAAACAGAGGCUGCAGGGAGAGGUGGAAGACCUCAUGGCUGACGUGGAGAGGGCUAAUGCUCAGUCGGCUAGCCUCGAUAAAAAGCAGAGGAACUUUGAUAAGAUCGUUGCAGAAUGGAAGCAGAAGUUUGAGGAGGGUCAGUCGGAGCUGGAAGGGUCUCAGAAGGAGUCUCGCUCCCUCGGCACUGAGCUCUUCAAGAUGAAGAACUCCUACGAGGAAGCCCUGGACCACCUGGAGACCCUGAAACGAGAGAACAAGAUCCUGCAACAGGAGAUAUCUGAGCUGACGGAGCAACUUGGGGACAAUGGCAAAGCCAUACACGAGCUGGAGAAGAAUAAGAAACAGGCUGAGACUGAGAAGACAGAGAUCCAGACCGCUCUGGAGGAGGUCGAGGCAUCCCUGGAACACGAGGAAUCCAAGAUUCUUCGUGUCCACCUAGAGUUGACUCAGGUCAAAGGUGAGGUCGACAGGAAGCUGGCUGAGAAGGACGAGGAGAUUGAGCAAAUCAAGCGAAACAAUCAGCACGUUGUCGAAACAAUGCAGUCCACCUUGGACUCCGAAAUACGUAGCAGGAAUGACGCCAUGAGGAUCAAAAAGAAGAUGGAGGCCGACCUCAAUGAGAUGGAGGUGCAGCUUAGCCACGCCAACCGACAGGCCGCAGAGGCCCAGAAACAGCUGAGGAACGUCCAGGCACACUUCAAGGAUGUGACCAUUCACCUGGAGGACGCUGUGCGCAGCCAGGAGGAGCUGAAGGAGCAGGCGGCCAUGGCGGAGCACAGGAGCGCCCUGAUGCAGGCGGAGGUGGAGGAGCUGAGGGCGGCUCUGGAGCAGACGGAGAGGAGCCGCAAGAUGGCCGAACAGGAGCUGGUGGACGCCUGCGAGAGGGUGGGACUGCUGCACUCCCAGAACACCAGUCUUCUGAACACCAAGAAGAAGCUGGAUGCAGAUGUGGCUCAAUUGCAAGGCGAGGUGGAGGACGCCCUCCAAGAGGCCAGAAACGCUGAAGAAAAGGCCAAGAAGGCCAUCACGGAUGCGGCCUUGAUGGCAGAGGAGCUGAAGAAGGAGCAGGACACCAGCGGUCACCUGGAGAGGAUGAAGAAGAACCUGGAGGCCUCCGUCAAGGACCUGCAGAACCGCCUGGACGAGGCCGAGAACCUGGCUCUGAAGGGGGGCAAGAAGCAGCUCCAGAAACUGGAGACCAGAGUGCGUGAGCUGGAGGGAGAGGUGGAGGCCGAACAAAAGAAAGGAGCCGACUCUGUCAAAGGAGUGAGGAAGUAUGAGAGGAGAGUCAAGGAGCUCACCUACCAGACAGAGGAGGACAAGAAGACCGUCACGAGGCUGCAGGACCUGGUGGACAAGCUGCAGAUGAAAGUGAAGGCCUACAAACGCCAGGCGGAGGAAGCUGGGGAGCAGGCCAACGCCUACCUGGGCAAGCUGAGGAAGGUGCAGCACGAGCUGGAGGAGGCGGAGGAGCGGGCGGACAUCGCCGAGUCCCAGGUCAACAAGCUGAGAGCCAAGAGCAGGGACUUGGGGUCAAAGCCUGCUGAGUAG